AUGGCGGAAGUCAGCCGCAAGCGCGCACCAGAGAGCGAUGGCGCUGCGACUAUGCGCAAAAAAUUGAGGCCCUCGGAGCUCCCGCUUUCGCAGGCGAAACGAUCAGCUAUCGACAGCCUCGUGCACAUGUUUCGCAAGAAGGGCGCAUACGACGAUAUACGCAGAGACCUGAUGAAGCAAUACGUGUCAGGGCCUGCCAAAGAUGAACUGCAAGCCGCGCUCAAGGAGCUCGUCGAUCGCGAAACGGACCGCAAUCCCUCUCUACUGUCCAAAGAUCCCCGAAUGGCAACCACGCUUAUAGAAGGCGCUGGUGAGCGCAGCGACAUCUAUGGCAACAUCAUGAACACAGUCAAUACUCUGUUGGAUAAAUUAAUAGACGAGCAUGGAGUGCCAAAGAUGCGCGAGUACCGCAUUCAGGAGAUUGGUGCCGAAGCAGCCGCCGAGGAGGAACAGCGAGGUAGCAAGAGCGAAGAAGAGUGGGCUCAAGAGGCAGAAGCUCGCAGAGAGAAGCGAGAGGCCAAACGAGAGAAGGAGCUGGAGGCAGAGCGCGAGAGAGAGCGCGAGGAGAAGGCAAAGAGGGAAGAGCGCAAGCGCCGCGAGAAGGAAGAAGACGAAGCCCGUGAGAGAGAACGACAAGCGGAGAAGGAGCGGAGACGCAAGGAGCGGGAAGAGCGCGACAAGGAAGACGAGGAGCGCCGUCGCAAAGACCGAGAGAGGAUUGACAAAGAGAGAGAAGAAGAGCGCCUGCGCCUCAAAAAGGAGCGAGAGGAACACGAGAAGAGCCGAGAGGCCCGUCUCAAGAAGAUCCGCGAAGAAGAUGCCGAGCGAGAGCGUCGCAUACAAGAGGAGCUUGACCGAGAUCGAGGUGGGCGCCAUCGUGGUGGCCGUGGCCGUGGCCGUAGUCGUAGCAGGACUCCCGAGCGCGAUAGGGAUCGUCGUGGACGAGACAGGAGCAGGCGAAGGAGCAGGACAAGAAGCAGAUCACCCGAACGCCGUUCAUCUAUCAAGCCUGAAAACAUCAAAGACAUCAAGGUGGACGACGACUUGGCAUUGCAACUUCUACUACAGGAGAGCGAGCAAAUGAAGAAAUCACGACAGCGACCUGUCCUUGAGCGGUCCGAAUCUCUCGAACCUCCUAUGCGGAAGGCGCAACCUCCCAAGUCAAUUGUUCCUCGUGAUCCUCGACUGGCCAGGCUCGACAGCAAACCCGCCUCACCCUCGCAACGGUCACCGAGCAAAGACGAAGAUGUCACCAUGACAGACGCGCCAUCAGCAGCGGAAUCAGCCAAGGCCAGAUGGGACAAGCCGCCCGAGCUGCCCUCGAAGCGAGGUCGUUCAAGAUCCCGCAGCAUCGCACGCAGCACCAGAAAGCGCAGCAGAACACGGUCGCACUCGCGCAGCAGCCGCCUCGACAGAGACCGACGUUCUUCCCGCUAUGAAGAUGACCGCCGUUCCCGCCGCGACGACGACAGACACUCUUACCGUCCGUCCCGCCGCGACGACCGAGACGACAAACUCUCGCGUCGCGACAGUCGGAGCCGCUCACGCGAAACCCACACCUCACGUCGUAAAUCACGCUACGGCACACGCAGUCCCUCGCCGGCUCGCGACGAGCGGCGGAGAGACCGGGAACGCUCCCGUUCGAGGGGUGCAAGACGGGAGCGCUCCAGGAGCCCUGUACCUGCGCGCCGCCGCAAUCGCUCGCGCUCCAGGAGUCCGGAGAAUAUCGAUCGCUAUGUCCCUGGCGGUGGGGGCGCUGCGGGCGGUAGUGCAAGGAAGCCACGCGACGAUAGUCGGGACCGUGAGCGUGACCGCAAGCGCGAUGACAGUCGUCCUCCUCCGCGUAAGAGGGAUGAUAGUCGGGAUCGUGGUGGACGUGGGUAUCGGACGAGGGACUAUGAUCGCUGGGAUGGAGGGAGAGAUAGGGAUAGGGAUAGGGGCAGUAGGAGACUGGAGAGUGAUUGCUACCAACCUGGUGGUGCCUCUGCUUCUGGUGCUGAUGCUGAGGACAAGGAGCGAGAUCGCGAUCGUAAGCCUAGAGAGAGGAGUCGCGAAAGGAGUAGGGAGAGGAGUAGGGAUAGGGGGCGUGAUGAUAGGGAGAGGCGUAGACGGAGGAGUCGCUCGAGGAGUCGUAGUCGGGAUCGACGGCGUUGA